AUGUUUAAGGAACACUGGAUCACUCCUCGGAACAUCAGUGCCGUGCGGCCAAUGCAUCCCACCUCUGUCCAAGGAGUUGAAGACAUGAUAUGCCUCGGAGACCUCAAUGAAGCUGGCAUGGUGCGCAAUCUCCUUUUUCGCUAUAAGGAGCAUAAAAUCUAUACCUAUACAGGCUCUAUCUUAGUAGCAGUGAAUCCAUACCAAGAGUUACCAUUGUAUACUAUGGAACAAAUCAGACUCUACUGUAAUAAAAGGAUUGGGGAAUUGCCUCCUCAUGUCUUUGCCAUCGCUGACAACUGUUAUUUCAACAUGAAGAGAAAUAAGAGAGAUCAGUGCUGUGUCAUCAGUGGAGAAUCUGGAGCUGGGAAGACUGAAAGCACAAAGCUGAUAUUGCAGUUUUUGGCUUCUGUCAGUGGUCAACAUUCUUGGAUUGAGCAGCAGAUUCUAGAGGCCAAUCCCAUUCUAGAAGCUUUUGGAAAUGCCAAGACAAUUAGAAAUGACAAUUCAAGCCGCUUUGGAAAAUAUCUUGAAAUUCACUUCACUCAAAAUGGGGUGAUUGAAGGAGCCAGGAUAGAACAAUUCCUUCUUGAGAAGUCACGGGUUUGUCGCCAGGCUCCAGAGGAAAGGAACUAUCAUAUCUUCUAUUGCAUGUUAAUGGGGAUGAAUCCAGAACAGAAAAAGAAGCUGAAUCUGGGCACAGCUUCUGAGUACACCUAUCUCACUAUGGGUGACUGUACUUCCUGUGAAGGCCGUAAUGAUGCCAAGGAAUAUGCUCAUAUCUGCUCUGCUAUGAAGAUCCUCAUGUUCUCUGGUUCUGAGCACUGGGAAAUAAGCAAACUGCUGGCAGCUGUUUUGCACCUGGGGAAUAUAGAGUUUGAAGCUGCUGUGUAUGAUAAUUUGGACUGUUCUGCUGUGCUUGAUUCUGCACACUUUUCCAUUGCAACCAAAUUAUUUGAGGUGGCUUCUAGGGAACUCCACAAUAGUCUUACAAAUCAUUCCAUCAUCAUUCGAGGGGAAAGUGUUUCCAUGCCCUUAAAUGUUGCCCAAGCUGCUGAUGUGAGAGAUGCCUUUGUGAAGGGGAUUUAUGGAUACCUCUUCUUGUGGAUAGUGAAUAAGAUCAAUGCUGCAAUCUACAAGCCACCCUCACAAGACAACAAGAAAAUCUGCAGGUCCAUUGGACUACUAGACAUUUUUGGCUUUGAAAAUUUUAAUACCAACAGUUUUGAACAGCUGUGUAUCAACUUUGCCAAUGAGCAUCUCCAGCAGUUCUUUGUACAACAUGUCUUCAAGUUGGAGCAGGAAGAAUAUUUGGCUGAGCACAUAUCCUGGAACCACAUUGAUUUCACUGAUAACUAUACAGCCUUAGAAGUGAUUGCACUCAAACCCAUGAAUAUUCUGUCACUCAUUGAUGAGGAAAGCAGGUUCCCUAAGGGCACUGACACUACCAUGUUAAACAAAAUUAACUCUCAUCAUGGCAGAAGCAAAAUCUAUAUUGCACCUAAAAAUGUCCACGACACAGUCUUUGGAAUCAGUCACUUUGCUGGUAUUGUUUAUUAUCAGUCUAAAGGAUUUCUUGAAAAAAAUCGUGACAUGCUUAGUUCUGAUGUAAUGCAAUUGGUUCAUUCAUCCAGAAACAAAUUCCUCAGGCAAAUCUUCCAGGUAGAUGCAGCAGCGAAUGUUGCUUCCUUUGGGCGUGGCAGCAUCAGGCACCUUGGAGUUGAUCCCACCUUCAAGGGAGCAGAUACUAUCAAACGCCUUUCUACAUUAGGAGGUCAGUUCAAACAAUCCCUGGAGCAGCUAAUGAAAAUCUUGAGUAUGUGCCAGCCAUAUUUUAUUCGCUGUCUCAAGCCCAAUGACCACAAGAAGCCAAUGUUGUUUGAUCGAGAACUCUGCAUCCGACAGUUGCGCUAUUCUGGGAUGAUGGAAACCAUUCGCAUUAGGAAGGCUGGUUAUCCAAUUCGUUACAGUUUUGCUGAGUUUUUUGAGAGAUAUCGAGUCCUGCAGCCAGUAUCUGCUCAAGAAAAGGUAAAGAAUGAUGCUUGCCAGUGCUGUAUUUACAUAUGUGAGACAGUGAUGGGAAAAGACAAUGAAUGGAAAAUUGGAAAAAGCAAAGUUUUCCUGAAAGACUAUCAUGACACAGUACUAGAGGUGCAACGAGACAGAGCACUCACAGAGAAAGCAAUUCUUAUUCAGAAAGUGCUAAGAGGAUUCAAAGACAGGAAACAGUUUCUGAAGCAGAGGCACUGUGCUGUGGUUAUUCAGACAGCCUGGAGGGGCUAUUACUGUCGGAAGAACUUCAAGAUGAUCAUGCUGGGGUUUGAGCGCCUUCAAGCUGUUUUCCGGAGUAGACAACUUGCCAAACAGUACGAAACAGCCCGGGCAAGUGUGAUUAAGUUCCAAGCCUUGUGUAGAGGUUACCUGAUGCGUCAGAAAAAAGCUGAACAGCUGAAAGCUGUAUGUGUCAUUCAGGCUUAUGCCAGAGGAAUGUUCGCCCGUAGGAGUUUCCAAAGAAUGAAGAUAGAGCAGCAAAGCCUACUUGGAGGCAGAAAGCUACAUUUGGAGGACAAAAAGCAUCUCAUUCUAAUACCUGGAGCCAGGAAAGUAAAGGAAGAAAUAAGAAGGGUUUUCAAGGAGUGCCGAAAAGCUGUGAAGCCUGAAAAAGUCUCUGACAAGGAAAAAAAACAGGAUGCUGGUGACAGCAUACACCAUGCACUAUAUGAUGUUAUCAGUGACCAGGAAAUGGUGGACAGAGUGUUUGGUUUCUUGCCUUCUUUAAUUGGAGGCCAAGAAGGACAAGCUCCCAUGGGCUUUGAGGACUUGGAGACAAAAAUACCCAAGCUGAAUGAGGUGGACCUGGAUGCAGUCCCGAUGACCAUGGAGUUGGAGGAAGAGGAGUCCGAUAACCUAGGAGAGUACACAUUCCCCAAAUUUGCAACCACUUACUUCCAGGGAUCCUCUACACACACACACAUUCGGCGAACAGUGCGCCACCCACUGCUCUACCAUGAUGAGAAGGAUGAUGUUCUGGCAUCUCUAGCUGUUUGGACUGUCAUCUUGCAAUUCAUGGGUGAUUUACCAGAACCAACAAAGAACAUCAACAGCAAGAGCAGUUCUGAGGUGACUCAGAUCUAUGACAGCCAUAGCAACAAAAGCCAUCUUCCACCCACUAUCAACACCAGUCCCGAUCUGAGAGACAACAGGAAGGAUAACAAGCUCUCCAAGGUAACUUCCUCUGUGAAGCUAAAACUCAAUUCCAAGAUAACUGGAAAGGUGGCAAGCCACUUUGCCAAUGGGGAAGAAAUACUUCGAGAAGAGAGCACUGCAUCUGAGAGAUCUAUGUCUAACCUUGAAAAGGUGCACUUCAUUAUUGGCAAUGCUAUCCUGCGUCCUGCCAUCAGGGAUGAAAUUUACUGCCAGAUCUGCAAGCAGCUUACUGAGAAUAACAAUAAAACCAGCUAUCUAAGAGGCUGGAUACUGCUGUCUCUCUGUCUUGGUUCUUUCCCUCCUUCAGAAAAAUUUGUGAAGUUCCUGUUGAAUUUCAUCCGAAGUGGACCAUUAUUGUAUGCAGCAUAUUGUGCUGAAAGGCUGAAGCGCACAUAUAUCAACGGAGCACGGUCUGAGCCACCUAGUUGGCUGGAGCUUCAGGCAACAAAGAGUAAGAUGCCCAUCAUCCUCAGUGUUACCCUGAUGAAUGGAAGCAGCAUCACAGUCUCUGCAGAUUCAGCCUCUACUGCAAAGGAGAUCUGUCAAAUGAUCGCUGAUAAAAUGAAGCUCAAGGACACCUUCGGGUUCUCCCUCUACAUUGCUUUGUAUGACAAGGUUUGGUCACUAGGCAGCGGACGAGAUCACAUCAUGGAUGCCAUUUCCCAGUGUGAACAACUGGAAAGGGAGAAGGGCAGCCAUGAGCGCUAUACUCCCUGGCGUCUUUACUUUAGGAAAGAGAUCUUCUCUCCUUGGCACAACUCUAAAGAAGAUCCAGUCAGUACUGAGCUCAUCUAUCAUCAAAUCAUACGUGGGAUCCGGUUUGGAGAAUAUCGUUGUGAGAAGGUGGAAGACUUGGUGGAGAUAGGAGCCAAGUAUUGCUAUGUCAAGUUUGGAGAAUCAAUCCAGAAUGACUUGGUUCGGAACAUACUACAGGAGUGUAUCCCAGCAAAGCUACUGAGGUCCAAACCCCAGGAGAAGUGGGUGAGUCUCAUCACAUAUGCUCAUGCCAAGGCCCUGUACACGCAGGACAGGCAUUCACCUCAGAGUGUGAAGGAACAGCUGGUGGAUUUUGCCCGGUUUCAGUGGCCCCUACUCUUUUCUAGGUUCUUUGAAGUUACCAAAUUUUCAGGGCCCAGCCUGCCGAAGAACCAUUUCAUAGUGGCAAUUAACUGGAAAGGUAUUUGCUUUCUAGAUGAUUCAGAAAAGAGACUUCUAGAUCUUUCUUUCCCAGAAAUUACUGGCAUUCAUACCAGCAGGGCAGUAAAGACAUUUGGGCAAAGCUGUACUCUUACCACACUGCGUUCAGAAGAAUUUGUCUUGACAUCAGUCAACAGUGUUGUCAUUGCAGAACUAGUGGUCAUGUUUCUGGAAGGAUUGAAGAAGAGAUCACAAUAUGCUAUAGCAGUGCAGGAGAGCAGGCAGCAAGAGGACUUAACAAUCCUGGCUUUUAAAAAGGGGGAUUUGCUUAUUCUAAACCAAGAAAGAGGACUAGACGAAAGUCAAGACUGGGUCCAUGCUCAAAAUGAACGAACCAACAAAUCUGGGCUUGUCUCAGAAGAGUCUAUCUACAUCAUCCCUUCUGUUACAAAACCUUCUAGUCAAAUACUGAGUUUACUGAUGAUGUCACCUGAACAACGGCGAUUGGCAUCAUUAAACUCUCGCACUGAGGAGCCUGAGGAAGAGGAAUUGAAGGUGAAACCAUAUACUCUUGAGGAAUUCUCUUAUGAGCACUUCAGGGUUCCUGAGAAGGAAUCUGUCAGCAGGGCUGUCUUAUAUAAGUCCCGUGGACGGAGUCCCCUGUGGGCUCACUCUCGGGAGCCUCUGAAACAGCCUUUACUGAAGAAGGUAUACAUUAAUCCAGAUCUUUGGGAUUCUGCUUGCCAGACAUUCAUUGCUAUCAUGAAAUACAUGGGAGAUUACCCUUCGAAGCAAGAGAAAUCUCCUGUGGAGCUCACUGACCAGAUAUUUGUAGUGGCUAUUCAGGAGGAAGUUUUGCGUGAUGAGAUCUACUGUCAGAUCAUGAAGCAGCUCACAGAGAACAGCAACAGGUACAGCAUGAACAACGGCUGGCAGUUACUCUGGCUCUGCACAGGCCUUUUCCCUCCUAGUAAAUCUCUCCUGAAACAUGCUCAGAAGUUCAUAGAGACUCGUUUGAAGGAGAACCUGGCUUUAGAUUGCAGACGUAGAAUCCAGAGGGUGAUGAGGAGUGGUUCUCGGAAGUGGGCCCCCCACAGUGUGGAAGUGGAGGCAAUCCAGAAGAACAUCACAAAGAUGUUGCACAAGGUUUACUUUCCAAAUGAUACAGAGCAGGUAUUUGAACUAGGGACACACACAAAAGUAAGGACACUGUGUCAGACAAUUGCCUCCAAGCUGGAACUGAAUUCCUGGGAAGGAUUCAGCCUCUUUGUCAAGAUAGCAGACAAGGUGAUCAGUCAGAAUGAAGCUGAUUACUUUUUUGACUCCUUGAGACAAGUGACAGACUGGAUGAGGAAGAACAAGCCUGGCAAAGAGGUGGUUCCUGUGACUGUGAAUUACCAGGUAUAUUUCAUGAGAAAAUUAUGGCUAAAUGUGACUCCUGGGAAAGACCUGAAGGCUGACUGCAUCUUUCAUUAUCACCAGGAACUGCCCAAGUAUCUAAGAGGCUAUCAUAAGUGCUCAAAAGAGGAUGCAAUCCAGCUAGGUGGUCUGAUAUUCAAAAUUCACUUUAAGAAUUCUCAAAUGCAGGCGAUAAUCCCCAAAAUGUUGAAGGAACUAGUGCCUGAGAACAUGAUCCGAACAACAUCUCCAGAGGAAUGGAAAAGGAGCAUUAUUUCUGCCUGCGUUAAACAUGAACAGGAAACUGAGGAAGAGGCCAAAAUUGCCUUCUUGAAGUACAUCUGUCAUUGGCCAACAUUUGGCUCAGCCUUCUUUGAAGUGAAGCAAACCUCAGAACCAGGUUUUCCAGACAUUGUCUUGAUUGCUAUCAACAAGCAAGGAGUAUCUUUAAUACAUCCAAAGACUAAGGAGAUCUUGACAGUUCACCCCUUCAAUAAAAUCUCCAACUGGAGCAGUGGCAGCACAUAUUUCCAUAUGACCAUAGGGAACCUGAUACGAGGUAGUCGGCUUCUUUGUGAAACAUCAUUGGGAUACAAAAUGGAUGACUUGUUGACAUCAUAUGUACACCUGUUAAUGAAUGCUGUUAACAAACAGAAAAAUUUCAGUGUUCCUGCCUGAGAAUGACAGUGACAACAGUUUCUCUUUCACAGCUUUGCCAAAUUACCAGUCAUAGCCUAGAAGAAAUAAGUUUGCAUCUGUCAGCUCUAAUGGCAUAUUAUGCUGCUGAAGCAGCACAGCCUCGUGUGUAUUUAUGCUGACUGCACAGUGUAAUCACUCUUGGCUUGAUGUACCAAUUCAAGGAUUUCAACAUAGCUGGCUUGUAUUCCAAAGCAGCCUCUUGGAGUGAGGGGGGUUCAAUAAUGGUAUUCUCCAUUCCUGGAUGACAGCCUAUUGUGGUUCAUCUGUCUCCUACAAAAUGUACAGUGUUUUCCCUUCCUGUAUUUUAUCCUAACAUAAACUCCAUG